AUGCUCAGGGCGACCGAAAAGAUGGCACAGAUGCAAAAUAGCUUCGAACAUUCCUUCAAAUUUAUUCUAACGUUAAAAUUAAACGAGCUUCGUUUUUUAAAUCCCUUAAAUAUGUAUAAUUAAUAUAAAAUAAUUUGAUACGGUAAAUUUCUUACCGCAAACGGUAUUAUGUUGGCUAACCUGUACAGUAUUGUGCUAUAUAAAAUGCAACGCCAUUUUAUUAACCUUUUAGGCGGGGAGACGUAAUUUUGCGAAAUAUUACGCUCCUAGCUCUUAAAUUAUCAAUCGUGAAAUAGAAACGUUGAAGGGAAUACACAUAACGUUAAUAAAGUAAUAAAACUGGAGGAAAUUGAAUCCGGAAUGGAAGAUGGUUCUGAUGGUCCUCUGGAACCUAUCAAAAACGGCGAAGUGAUGGCCAAAUUACCGGAAGAAACUGAAGAGAAACAAGAACCAAAGACUUCGAUUAAAAUAAAUGGAAAUGCAAAUGCUAAUAAUGCCAACUCAGAGGACAGCGAUGACAGUUCAGAUUUUGAUGCACUGGUGAUAGAUGAAUCGGUGAAUACAAAAAAGAAGACGCGGAAAGGGCGGCAAAGAGGAUUUAAGGGGUUUAAAAAUACCGGGGAGAACCAUGUGCAUAGUAAUCCGUAUUUUAAGGAGUCUAUUUUUGAAUUGUUGGAAAAAGCACAAGGUAAGAAGAAAGAAGUAAAAAUAAAAGAGGAUGAUAAAGUGGUAAAAAAUAAUAAUAGUAAUAAGAUAGUUGAGAAAAAAGGAAAAGCAAAUCCUAAAUUAAGAGAAUACACACAAUAUUUGGGUUUACAACCGACAUUGCAAUUUAAAUGUAAAAAGUGUUUACGUGCUGGUUUCCCCUCGUUGGGAUCAUUAAACGUUCACAUUUUGAAUUGUACCCAAACACCUCCUUUAAAUAAUUUAACAAGUACAAAUAACAUUUCUGGUCAAACAAAUAUUCGCGUUACUAGAAACGUCUUUUUAUGUUCAGCUUGCGGCACUUAUUACGAAAACUGGAAUUUAUUUUUGCAUAUGCGCGAAGUUCAUCGGCGGUACAUUUGUCUUUAUUGUUUAGGAAUGUUUUCACAUCCGGAAAAGCUCUCGUUGCACAUAGUCUCGAAACACAAUUGCGUUCCGAAUCAGAUAAAUACCCCCGAAGAAUUUUAUAACAUUUACAAAGUACCCUGUUUUCUAAUGUGCUGCGAAUGUCAAAAGGGUUUUACCGAAACCGACAAUUUUUUUGAACACCAAUGUCUCGAAAAUUCUAAUAAAACCACCUCCAAAUCCACAGUAAAAAAUUCAUCGAAAAAUUCCAAACCAAUCGAUCACGUUACGGGAGACUCAGCAUCGCAAAGCCCACCGCCUUUAGAAAACGAAAUCGAACGGAUCGACGAAACUAAUUGCAAUGAAACAAGCGCAAACGAUAAUAACGAUUGUAACGAAGAUUUAAAUGUAAUAGAAUCUAAAUCAGCACAUGAAUUUAAAUCCAUGGAAACGAGAGAAGAUCAUUUGACAGAUUCAAAUUAUGAUGACUCAACAAAAAUAAUGUCAAAAGAAGAGAAUGAUUUAAUACAACCUACAAAUACGCAACAAUUAUCUCCAACUCACAAUUUACAAGAAGACGAGAGACUUAGUGUGGAUGAAGAAGAAUCUAUAGAAACUCGCAAGGUUCCAAAAGUUAGACUAAAAUUACCAAAAACUUUUGAUUAUCAACAAGAAAAACUCGAAACGGAAGAGAAUUACGACAGCGAUGAUAGCGAAAAAUUAACAAUGGAAGUCGACCAGAUCGAAAACGAAAGUCAAGAAUCAAACGGAAAUAUUGUAGAAAUUGAAAACCAUCAAAAUCAAGAUGCUAAUAGAAUGCAAAUCGCCGGCGUGGAAGUUCCAAUUAUCGAAUUAGAAUUAGAACAACCUUUGGAUAAGUUUGAUAUACAAGUUUUACUAAGGAAAUGUUUAAGUUUAACAAUAGCGACGUGCGUUUAUUGCAACCACGCCCGAAAAAUUUCGGUAAAUGGUAAACAAUUAGGACUUCACGCAAUCGCUGAGCACAGAUUUAGCGCCGUUGUAAACAGCAUAACAGCCGAAGAAUUAAUACCGGAAAGUUUCGUUGCACGAAUCAAAGAUUCUUUACCCGACUUAGAAUCGGUUUAUUUCAAUUUGGAGAGUAAUUCGUCGGAGGCGAUCACUUUUUCGCACGUUUUCGAAUGUUUUCAAUGCCGAUACUCAACAACGGUACACAAAGAACUUUACCUCCACAACCGAAAAAUGCACGCAAAAUCAAUUUUACUAUGUAUAAUGUGUAAAUCGAAUUUUUAUAGUUAUAGCGAAUUAAUUUGUCAUUUAUGCCCCGGUUUAUACGAACUAAAUAGCGAAAUACAUUUUCGUUGUUGUAUGUGCGUUAGCGAUGACCUCCCAUCAGCUUUCCGCUUAAUGGUACACGUAAGAAAACGGCAUCAUGCAUGCGACGUUUGUUUAGAGUUGUGCCAUAACCAAUCGAAGCUUUCGAAUCACGUCUGGAAGCAUAAAUUGCAUCAUUUAUGCUACCGUUGCGGAAUAGCGUAUAGAAACAAACCAGACAUCACAAAACAUUUAUUUUGGAAACAUGGAACUGAAAGUGUGUUAUGCAAAAAGUGUUUGCAAAAAAAAUGGCCGCAUGUUUAUCAUUUUUGCAUACCACCAUUAAAUUUUAUUUGCGAAGAGUGCAACUUAAGCUUUUCUAAAUCCGUUUAUUUGAUGGUCCAUAAACGAUUACACACCGGUGAGAAGCCUCACGUUUGUUCAGAAGAAAAUUGCGGGGAGCGGUUUAUUUCUAAAAAGUUACUGUUAAAACACGAAUUUAAACAUAGAGAACCCCAAGAAGAACCGCCCCCCAUUGAGCCGGAAAAAAUUGAAGAAACGGUUCAAUCGGAGCAACUUGAAAACGCCGAAAAAGAAAAUGAAGGCCCGAUAGAAGCGCCGGAAAUAAUCGAAGAAAAGCCCAAACCUAAAGUCGACGUUUACGAUUUACCCGAAUUAAAUUUAUCGGAAAGCGAUAGCGAUUCCGACGAUGAGAACGCAUCAAAACCAAACUUAUUAAACGCCGAAAAUCUCGAAACUAACAACGAAUCGGAUAAACUCGAAGAUAAACCUGUUUUAGAAACGAUUUGGGACGAUUUCCGAAACUACCAAGCGAUCAAAGAAAAAGAAGAAUACGAAAGCAAAAUCGAAGAGAUAAAAGAAAAAAUUAACUUAGAAAACAUCUUAAACGACCACGAUUAUUGCGUAAUCCCGGAACAACCCGACUUGGAAUUACGCGAAAUCGAUAUGAGUGCAGACCACGAUUAUUGCACCGGCCCAAAAAAUGAAACCCCCCAAAUCGGGCAAACGGCAAGUAGUAAAAGUCCGCAAAAGAAAAAGCACGAAGGCAGCUCGUCAAGCGAUAGCAGCGAUUCCGAUUCAUCAAGUUGUACAUGCGGGUCAAAUUGUUCGUGUAGCUCAAGUUCCGGGAGUAGUUCUUCAUCAUCAGAUAGUUCCGAAUCGGAUAGUUCAUCAUCGGAAGGGAGGCGGAGACAAGAAGCCCGGAGAGAAAGGAGGAAACAAAAAGCGAAUAAAAAGGCCGAAGUCGAAACCGUCGAUGUUGUUAAUAACGACAACCAACCGGUUAUUAUCCCGGAUGUUCCCAUCCAAGAAUCCGAUUUAGAAACGACCGAAUCGGACACGGACGAAGAUUUUUACGACAAACAACCCCAAGAAUUAACGAGUAAAAUUUUAGCGGAGAAGAAAAAUCAAUUAUUACAAAUGGCGUCAAUUGGACCCUAUAUAAACGGGUCAAUUAUGGAUGGGAGUCGACCCCCCACGCCCAGUUUACCCGAAGAACCUAAAAAGAAAAAAUCGAAAUCGAAGAAGAAAAAAAAGAAAAAUAAAAGUUCUAAAUACGACGUUGAAAAUCCAAUCACCACCAUUAAUAAUUAUCAAUCCGUGGCUCCUUUAACCCUAACCUUACCGAAAAAUUCCCCGAUAAUCACACCUUCAUAUUCGCCAGAUCCCGUUCAAACACCCACACCAAGUCAUCAACAACCAAGUGAAUCCGACUCAAAUGUGCGAGCUUCUAAACGAAGACGAGUUCCAAAUAAAUUUUAUGGAUAUUCGAGCGAUGAAGAACAAGAAAAAGUUCAACCUCCCGUGCAAAAGUGGAGAAAAACCGAUUUACCUUCAGUACCUAGAUCGCCGUUAGUUGUACCUCCCAUUACUAUAAAAACUACGCCUAUUCCGGAACAAUCCAGAAUACCAGAUUUUACACAUCACAUAAAACCUUAUCGACCUCCAAUUAUUCCAAAAUUAAAACCUUUACAAAUCGCUGAACCUGAAAGUGGAACAGAUUCAAACGAUACCAGUUCGGAUGAGGAACCCCCUCCUGCACCACCACCAAUUGCUGCUCCACCACCGCCACCUUUAGCUCAACCUCAACCGGCUUUGUAUUGUUACUGUCGGUGUCCGUAUGAUGAAGUUUCGGAAAUGAUCGGCUGUGACUCUAGUGACUGUGCGAUAGAAUGGUUUCAUUUUGAGUGUGUCGGGAUUAUGGUGCCCCCGAAAGGACAAUGGUUUUGUCCAGAUUGUCGGAAGAAGAAACAACAGCGUCGUGAGUUACUACAAGGUCACACAGUGUAGGUGGCAUUUGUGGAUGUUGAAUUGUGUAUAUAGAUAGGGACGUUUCUAAAAAAAAAUGAAGAUACCUUUUUCUUUAAUAUUUAAUGACAGUCGAACUAAAAACGUGAAUUGUGGCUAAGUUGUUCAAAUAAGAAUAAACUUUUUUUUUUUCAUCUUUUUAUGAUCUUUUUUUGUGAAAAACGCAUAAACGAUCUUACCAUAUUAAUUUUUUUUCUCUUGUACAUUUUCGUUUUAUUUUUACAACUAACGAACUUUAGGUAUUAUAUUAAUACACACAAAGAUGUUUUGGUCAAAAAAUUGUUUGUUAUAGGUUUUGUAAUUUCACAAAUUUAUUUUAACUAUGAUGUAAUCAAUGAUCUGUAUAAAAUUGAUAACACAGAGUAACACAAAAGUGAAGGUUAGCAGUUAUGAUUGACUACAGAUAAUAAGAUUAUUUUAACAAGAACUAUGAUAUUUAUUAAUUUAAAAUUAAAACGAUAUUGCCCGGUUAAGUGAAAUGUUACUCUUUGCAAAUUUGGUGCGCAACUUAAAUGGAGUGCUUUUGUCACAUCAAAAAAGAGACGCCAUUGGGUUCAUUUAUGUGUUAUUCUGUAUUAUGUGAUUAUAAAGUUAUCCAACUCUGACAAUUUAAAUGAUAGAUGUUUAAUUAAUUGAUUAGUAACCAUAGUUUUGAUUGAAGAAUAUAAAUGAUGCGUUUACAUUAGACAUAUUUGUAAUUUGCAAUGCAUUUACACUUAAUUACAACAAAGAUUAUAACAACAUUUCCAGAUAACGCUGUUUUUGUCAGUUCAAAAGUCGCUAUACAACAAUGUCUUCCUGUUUUAACUCUUUACGUAAAGUAUGUCUUUUAAAUUGGCAAAACACUUUAAUCCUGUUGCCUCUGUAAAGAGCUGCUAGGCUAGAUACGCAGUUGAUGGCCAAGUCUCAACGGCCAUCGAUAUCUAAGUGGCCACGAUUACAUUAUGCUUAUAGAAUUUCGGUGGCCAGAUCGCCUAAAGAUGUAUCCAAACGUAACGCGGCGUUCGCAGGAUGCAAUAAGUAUGCGCAGAAAGAUUUAGAACUCACUUAUAAGCUACGCACUUAUUUGUCACUCACAUAUCGCAUAGCACUGCUGCGAAAAUAUUUUUUGGUAUGUCCAAACUUGCGCACGGCAAAAUUGUGUCCUGUACUUGCCGUGCGCAAGUUUUCAUAUUGAUAGUGGACACGCAAUUAAAUUGUGUUAAAGCCAGUAUUAAUCGGGGAAAGCGGUACACAACAUUGAUAUUUGAUUGAGUUAAUGAGUUUUGGUAAACCACACAAACAGUUGUACUACUAAGUAGUCAAAUAGUCAUAUAAUCAAGGUAAUUUUCCUCGCUGUCACUUAUGCUAUUAAGUAAAAUUUCGGAAGUUCUGAUAAGAUUUCAAUGUCAUUAGCGAUAGAUACCGUUGAUUGAAUCCUGAAGGAUUUACUCCAACAGUAGAUACAUAACUUCUGUAGGUCACUAUAAAAUAUCCUUUAAUUAUAAGUCUUAUUUACUAAGAUUGAUGAGUAGGCGUUUCCUUUCAUUGAUAUUAUAUACAUUUUAUUAGUUUAUUUCUUUCGCAGAUGUUGGUACAGAUCAAUAUUUUUCUCUUUUUAGUUCCCGCAAAUUUAAAAUAUUUAUCCGAUCAUUUACUGUUUAAACCGCUACAUUCCAUUUUGACGUUUCCAUAGUAUUAUACAUAUCAUCGCACAUUAUCGGUGAAUGGCAAAGUUCCAAAGAUAUUUGUUCACAAUUUUCUGCUAUAAUAUCUGCAAUACGUCAUUUUUUGGUAUUUGAAGGUCAAAACAACGAAAUUGAGUUUAUUGCUUGCACUUAUCAUUUUUCAUUGUACAUUUGCUCAAGAGCAGUCUUCUACUCUGUUGUUCAGAGCGGUAUCUACUAUAACAGAAAUCUCUCUUACAGUUAGUGUAAUAUGGUAAUUUAGUCUUUUCUUCUUUUGGCCUGUAUCUUCUAUAUUACAAUCUCAUUUCAUUUUAUCUGCUUUAUUCUAACGAAUUUUUUUCACUUAAAAAGAGCAAAAUACUUAAAGAGUAACUUACACUCAUAAAAUUUUCUUGUCUUAUCACCUUUCUUUUAUGAACAAUUGGCCACUGAUUGGCCAAUCUCUUAACAUUAACUUUGCUUGACAUAGAGUCAUUUAGACUAACUAGACACCUAUUAAGUCUUCCUGUAAGUGUUUCGUAUGGUUGUGGAACUCACUGCAACUAAAUAUCAGUAUAUGUGUUGUGCGAAUUUAUUUCGAAUUUUUGACACCUUGGAUAACUUACCAAAAAUUGUAUUUUGGUAAGGAACUUCAAAAAUCAAAGUCUAAUUACUGCCACACAUUAAUUUUGAUAAAGUCACUGUUUUUGCCAAAGCUCUUAACAUUCAUUUAAUCAUUUCUGCUUGAUUUAAAAACUCAUAUUUGUAAAAAAAAUGAUUUUACCAGAACGUCAAAGCAAAAUAGCUACUGUAACGGUUAGUUCAAGCCUACAGAAUAAUAUUUGAUAGUAUUUUAAGAUCAAGUGCAUAUGCGGAAUUCACCAAAUUCUGGCAGAUUUACACUCACAGUUGCAGUGUACUUCCCAAACUUUUGGCCAAAUUCAUUCCAAAUAGAGAAUAAACUUUUUUUGGUUACAUAUUGAAAGGGGGAUUGGGUUUGACAUAAAUUGCAUGUUAAUAACAAAUGUUAGAUGUAAACGCAUCAUUACAAAAAGAUUCAGACUUCAUGUACCAUUUUAAAACUUGCAUCCUAGCGAGAUCAAAAAAUCGAAUGUGGGUGUAAUUGCAUAAGUAAUAGCUUCCGUUUGAUUUUUUGAUGAUCGUGACAUUCAAGAAAGAGUAUCUCACAAUCAUCAGGUGGUUAUAUAAAAAAUCAUGGUGGCGCGUGCAAUGAGAGUAUUAAUUUUGCACUGAAUUUUUUUGAUAAUUAAUUGUCAAAUUGUUUAUAGUUAGAGAGUUGCAAUCAAUUAUUUAUCGUAGCCAAUAUCAAUCAAAAUUUGGUAAUUUUUGGUUUAAAUUUAUUACUUGCCGUUGUUUUUGCCAUUUUGUCAAUUAAUGCGUAUUAAGUUUCGUAUAAUAUAUAUAAAAUCGAUGUAGCCCCUUUUCACGGUUCGUAAAUGGCAGCUACGAACGUAAGCGAGAUGUCAUCCUGAGUUUUGGAAAAAAAAUCAAAUCAUUAUGUUAAAUUAUAUUAAUGUAUUAAUUUAAAUUAUUUAAAAAAGGAUCAAGGUGACGUCCUUAUUACUAUUACUCCUUAUAAUGUUCGGUUGCUUCCUCUUAUGGAGAAAUUAACAUAUUAUGCUAUAUUUCCCAAUUAGGAUGACUUAAAUUGAAAGCAACUUUAUUCGGUUUUAUGACGAUGUCAAUUUUUUUGAUCUGGACAGAAGCGCUCUAUAACCAAUAAGGAGCAGAUAGCCGAAAAUGUUAAAAAAAAUUUUGAUUUUAUGGGGUAUAACAAAAAUUUGCUUCAAAACGUUUUAUUAACAGUAACGUUCAUUUUGAAACUAUUCCAAAAAAAUAUGUGACCUGUUACAACACCCCCUGUAAUUGUCAGAGGCAAAGAAAAAUUUUGAUUAUAUUUUUUUACAUCGGUUUAUUGGCGUGAUAAAAUUUUAUUUAACGAAAUAAUUGUUUCCUUUACAUAAACGCAUCAGUAUUAGUCACAAAAUAUACACUUAUUUUUUUCUGUACUUUAGUUAUGAGUAAUAACAAUAUUAAAUUUCACUUCAUUUUUGUUUAUUAGCUAUUCUACUUUUAUUAAUUAGUACAGUUUUAUUGUAAAUAUUUAUAAACAAACUUUCAAUUAGUAAUUAUUUCAUUGUUUAUAUUGUAAAUAGCGCAUAUUGUGUUUGUACCUGUAAAUAAGGUAUAAUCCCGAAAUACUUAAGCUAUGUGAUUCUCUUCAAAGGCAAGUAUUUGUAGUUUUAUUUUCACUUUUUUAUGUUAUGUUUAUCAUUUUUUUUUGUACGACGCCAACGUUUUCUGUAAUAUCAUUAUUUAGUAGUAAUAGUAACCGAAAUCGAACCAGUAACGUUUUUGCCAAAUUAAUUAGUGUACAUUUUGUAAAUAGAUAAUUGGCCGGCUCUCUAUUCGUCGUCUUCGAAUGGAGCGUAAGUGUUAUUUUUUAGCGUAGCGAGAUGAUCUGAAGAGAAGAGAACGAGGAUUCUAUGUAAUAAAGAACUUUCUCAAUAAUAAAGUAAGAUUUUUUUUAAUGUA